UCCUUUCUAGCAACUCUAUUAAUUGAAAACUCCCUACCAUAAGCAUCUCAAUAAUAAUAUACAAUAUAUGUGUAUAUAUUUUGCUUUACUCUCUGCAAAAUUAAUAUAAUUAUGGCUAGUGAUUUGCGAAAAUCAUUCGAAGAAGAACGUGCAGGAGCUAUAAUUGCAUAUGGCGCUGAAGAUUGUAAUCGCCAUAUUGCAGAGCUCCUGCACGACUUGAGAUUUCCCAAAGGGGUACUUCCUCUUAAAUUUGGCUAUGUUCAUGAAACUGGAUUUGCAUGGAUGAAACAAAAGGCUCCCUACGAGCAUUAUUUUGCUUCAAUUAAAAUGGUUGUGAGCUACGCGACUGAGGUCACUGCAUACGUGGAGAAAGGUAAGAUGAAGAAAAUAAGUGGUGUUAAGGGUAAGCAAAUACUUCUUUGAGUGCCUGCAGAUGAGAUGAGCAUUAAUGAAGAUCAAAAGAAGAUUCAAUUGAAAGGUCGUAUGGGAAUUGGAAGGUCUUAUCCCAUUACUGCUUUUAUGACUGAUGAGGAAAAACAAAAGUACAUGGAGAAUAAAGCCAAUGAAUAGUGGCACUUGUAAUCUAAUUAUACUGGUAUGGUUCAAACUUUGUGUAUCAUGUCUGUUGAAAUUAAUCUAUUGAAUAAACUCUUUUCCAUA